GCUAAGCCUUAGCACACGCAUACGUAUAGCUUCCAAAAACCCUAAGCCUGCUCACUUAUUUGCCCGUUUCAUCUUUCUUUUGCUAGCUACUUUUUAGGUGCCUGCAUUAAAUUGUUAGCUGCAUUAAAGAACGCUAUCAGCUUGUGGUAAUGGACAAGGUAAGAGACCUGGCAUCGAAGAAGGCUGCUGUGAUAUUCACAAAGAGCUCAUGCUACAUGUGUUACAGCAUCAAGACACUUUUUUAUGAGCUUGGUGCUAGCCCAGCUAUCCAUGAGCUCGACCAUGAUCCUAGCGGGAGAGAUAUGGAGUGGGCUCUAAGAGGGCUAGGGUGUGACCCCUCAGUCCCAGCCGUGUUCAUUGGUGGAAGAUUUGUAGGCUCAGCCAAAGAUGUCAUAUCCCUUCAUGUAGAUGGAUCACUGAAACAAAUGCUCAUGGAUGCAAAGGCCAUAUGGUUCUAGCACUGGAUACAACUUAAUAAUUGCCUACUCAAUUGGCAAUUAAACUUAGUAACUACCGUGAAAAAUAAAUCCAAAUACAAAGAGACAAAAGAAAAUGUCUGUAUUAGGGGCUUUGCUUUUUUUUUUCUUGAGUUCCUUCAAUACACUGUAUAUGAUAAAACAUGAACAGCCUAACACAAUAAUUUUAAAAAAAGAUAAUAAUGUUUGAAAAUUUA